GAGGUCUUAGUUAUGGCUUGGGGAAAGGGGGAAGGAACUUCCGGUGGCAGGAGGGAGGACGCAAGGAAGAGGAAAGGGCGGCACGUUGUUGAGUUGGCAACCCCGGCUCCGCCCCCGCUCCCAGGGCCCCUCACUUUCCGCUGGGCCAGGAAAUGAGCCGAGGCUCUGGGCAGGUGGCAGCCCCCGGAGCUGGGCGGGUGGCACCGCGGCUGGGCCCCGCCCCUGGGGCUGCAGACCUGCGCGCUGGCAGCGGUGACAGCGCAGCGGCGAGGUCCCUGCUCGCCACGCCCCCGGCCUGACGCUGUCCUGCGGGGCACGCCCCCUCCCGCCUCCCCAUCUCGACCCCCUUUGGGGGCCCAAAUCUUUGCCCGCCAACGGCGCCGCCAUCGCCAUCGCCUGCGCGGCCCCAGCUCAGCGAAGAACAGGCCUCACCAGGAUCUCCAUCUGCUGCCGAGGUGCCAGGAUGGUGGGGGAACUCCGCUACAGGGAAUUCAGAGUGCCCCUGGGGCCCGGCUUGCAUGCCUAUCCCGAUGAGCUGAUCCGCCAGCGACUGGGCCACAAUGGGCACCCAGAGUACCAGAUCCGCUGGCUCGUCCUCAGGCGUGGGGAGGAUGGGGAAGGGGGCUCUAGUCAAGUGGACUGCAAGGCUGAGCACAUCCUGCUAUGGAUGUCCAGUGACGAGAUCUAUGCCAACUGCCACAAGAUGCUGGGCGAGGAUGGCCAAGUUAUCUGGCCUUCCCAGGAGACUGCAGGGGAGGCUGGGGCCCUGGACAAGUCUGUGCUGGAGGAGAUGGAAACGGAUGUGAAGUCCCUGAUUCAGAGGGCCCUUCGGCAGCUGGCGGAGUGCGUGGGCACCAUCCCUCCUGCUCCUCUGCUUCACACUGUCCAUGUGCUCAGUGCCUAUGCCAGCAUCGAGCCCCUCGCUGGCGUCUUCAAAGACCCAAGGCUGCUGGAUUUGCUCAUGCACAUGUUGAGUAGCCCAGAUUAUCAGAUUCGCUGGAGCGCCGGCCGGAUGAUACAAGCCCUGGCCUCCCAUGAUGCUGGGACCCGGACCCAGAUUCUUCUGUCACUGAGCCAACAAGAGGCCAUUGAGAAACACCUGGAUUUUGACAGCCGUUGUGCCCUGCUGGCUCUGUUUGCACAGGCCACACUCUCUGAACACCCCAUGUCUUUCGAGGGCAUUCAGCUGCCACAGGUCCCAGGACGGCUGCUCUUCUCCCUGGUGAAGCGCUAUUUGCAUGUCACCUCCCUCCUGGAUCAGCUGAAUGACAGUGCUGCAGGACCAGGAGCCCAGAACAGCUCUGCUCCUGAGGAGUUGAGCAGGGAGAGGGGUCGGCUGGAGUUGGAAUUCAGCAUGGCCAUGGGCACCCUGAUCUCAGAGCUGGUGCAGGCCAUGCGCUGGGACUGGGCCUCCAGCAGACAGGGGCCCUUGGCUCGGUCCUCCUGUUCCAUCUUCCAGCCCCAGCUGGCAGAUGCAGGCCCAGGACUGCCACCCACCCAGGCCCAGUCCUCCCUCAGGAGGUCAAGGCGGUUUCGCCCUCGCUCUGAGUUCGCAAGUGGCAAUACCUAUGCCUUGUAUGUGCGGGAUACCCUGCAGCCGGGGAUGCGCGUGCGGAUGCUGGAUAAUUACGAGGAGAUCAGUGCUGGGGACGAGGGCAAGUUCCAGCAGAGCAACAGUGGCGUGCCCCCUGUGCAGGUGCUGUGGGAAUCUACUGGCCGCACCUACUGGGUACACUGGCACAUGCUGGAGAUUCUGGGUUUUGAGGAAGACAUUGAGGACAUGGUGGAGGCUGAUGAGUACCGGGGGGCAGUGGGCAGUGGAGCCCAGGGUGUAGCCCUGCCCUCCUGGCGAUGGAAACCCAUGGCAGAGCUCUAUGCCGUGCCCUAUGUGCUGCCUGAGGAUGAGGACGCGGAGGAGAGCGAACACCUGACCCAGGCCGAGUGGUGGGAGCUCCUCUUCUUCAUCAAGAAGCUGGAUGGGCCUGACCACCAGGAGGUUCUGCAGAUCCUCCAGGAGAACCUGGAUGGAGAGGUUCUGGAUGACGAGAUCCUGGCUGAGCUGGCCGUGCCCGUGGAGUUGGCCCAGGACCUGCUGCUGGCUCUGCCAGAGCGCCUCGAUGACAGCGCUCUCAGGGACCUGCUCAGCUGCCGCGUCUACAGGAAAUAUGCGCCCGAGGCCCUGGCAGGGCAGCCGGCUUACCCAUCCCUGCUGGAAGCCCAGCCCCAGCCCCAGCAAUCAGCGGAUGCAGCCGGAGUGGGAGCAGAAGAACCCCGGACGCAGUGCCCCCGCAGCCCCCUGCGGCAUCUGGUGGAGGGCUAUGGGCCAGCUGGGAAAAUUGUCCUGGAUCUGGAGCAAGCCCUCAGCUCAGAAGGGACCCAGGAGAGCGAGGUCAAGUCGCUGCUGCUGCUGCUGCGGCAGCAGCCCCAGCCCUUCCUGGUGCUGAUGCAGAGCCUGGACACUCCAGCAGCCAACAGAGCCCUGCACCUGGCCGUUCUGAGAAUCCUGAUGCGGCUGGCGGACUUCCCUGAGGCGCUGCUGCUCCCCUGGCAUGAGGCCAUGGACGCCUGCAUGGCCUGCCUGCGGUCCCCAGACGCUGACCGAGAGGUGCUCCAGGAACUGAUCUUCUUCCUGCACCGCCUGGCCUCCGCGAGCAGGGACUAUGCCGUGGUGCUGAAUCAGCUGGGAGCCCGAGAUGCCGUCUCCAAGGCCCUGGAGAAGCACCUGGGGAAGCUGGACCUGGCCCAGGAGCUGCGGGACAUGGUGUUCAAGUGUGAGAAGCAUGCCCACCUCUACAGGAAGCUCACCACCAACAUCCUGGGAGGCUGUAUCCAGAUGGUGCUGGGUCAGAUCGAAGACCACCGACGAACCCACCGACCCAUCAACAUCCCCUUCUUUGACGUGUUCCUCAGAUAUCUGUGCCAGGGCUCCAGUGUGGAAGUGAAGGAGGACAAGUGCUGGGAGAAGGUGGAGGUGUCCUCCAACCCGCACCGGGCCAGCAAGCUGACGGACCGCAACCCCAAGACCUACUGGGAGUCCAACGGGAGCACCGGCUCCCACUCCAUCACCGUGCACAUGCGCCAGGGCGUCCUCAUCAGGCAGCUGACUCUGCUGGUGGCCGGCGAAGACUCGAGCUACAUGCCGGCCAGGGUGGUGGUGCUCGGGGGCGACAGCGCCAGCUCUCUUAACACAGAACUCAACUCGGUCAACGUGAUGCCCUCCGCCCGCCGGGUGGUCCUCCUGGAGAACCUGAACCGCUUCUGGCCCGUCAUCCAGAUCCGCAUAAAGCGCUGCCAGCAGGGCGGCAUCGACACGCGCAUUCGGGGGUUGGAGGUCCUGGGCCCCAAGCCCACGUUCUGGCCAGUGUUCCGGGAGCAGCUCUGUCGUCACACACGCCUCUUCUACAUGGUUCGGGCGCAGGCCUGGAGUCAGGACAUAGCGGAGGACCGCAAGCACCUCCUGCACCUGAGUUCUAGACUCAACGGGGCUCUGCGCCAGGAGCAGAAUUUUGCUGAUCGCUUCCUCCCUGACGACGAGGCCGCCCGAGCGCUGGGCAAGACCUGCUGGGAGGCCCUGGUCAGCCCCCUGGUGCAGAACAUCACCUGCCCCGAUGAGGACGGCGUCAGCCCCCUGGGCUGGCUGCUGGACCAGUACCUGCAGUCUCGGGAGGCGGCCCGCAACCCUCAGAGCCGCGCGGCAGCUUUCUCCUCGCGGGUGCGCCGCCUCACCCACCUGCUGGUGCACGUGGAGCCCUGUGAGGUGCCCGCUGCGGCGGGGGCCGCCCCUCGGCCCAACGGCAGAAACAGAAGCCACGACUGGGGCUCCCUGGCUACCCCGGGGCUUCCCAGCAGCAUCGUGAAAAACCUGACCCGCUGCUGGCAGGCAGCGGUGGAGGAGCAGGUGAACAGUUUUCUGACCUCACGCUGGCGGGAUGACGACUUUGUGCCACGCUACUGUGAGCAGUUUAAUAAUCUGCAGAAGUCCAGCUCCGAGCUGUUUGGGCCACGGGCAGCCUUCUUGCUGGCGCUGCAGAACGGCUGUGCCGGGGCCUUGCUGAAGCUCCCUUUUCUCAAAGCUGCCCACGUGAGUGAGCAGUUUGCCCGGCACAUUGACCAGCGGAUCCAGGGCAGCCGGAUUGGUGGGGCCCGGGGGAUGGAGAUGCUGGCGCACUUGCAGCGAUGCCUGGAAACCGUCCUGAUUUUCUCUGGCCUGGAAAUAGCCACCACCUUUGAGCAUUACUACCAGCACUACAUGGCGGACCGUCUCCUGAGCCUGGGCUGCAGCUGGCUGGAGGGGGCCGUGCUGGAGCAGAUCGGUUCCUGCUUCCCCCACCGCCUCCCCCAGCAGAUGCUGCGGACCCUGAGCACCUCUGAGGAGCUGCAGCGCCAGUUCCACGUCUACCAGCUCCAGCGGCUGGAUCAGGAACUCCUGAAGCUGGAGGACACGGAGAAGAAAAUACAGGAGGCCAGUGGCAAGGAGCACGCGGGAGCCCACGAAGAGGAAGCUGAGGAAGCCGGGGCCGCAGCAGCCGCAGAGGUGACGGAAGAGGAGGAGGAGGAGAACGAAGACCUCUACUAUGAAGGGGCAAUGCCGGAAGUGUCUGUGCUGGUCUUGUCACCACGCUGCUGGCCCAUUGCCUCCAUCUGCCACACGCUGAAUCCCAGAACCUGCCUGCCCUCCUACCUGAGGGGCACUUUGAACCGAUACUCCAACUUCUACAACAAGAGCCAGAGCUACCCUGUCCUGGAGCAGGGCCCGCCGAGGCGGCUGCAGUGGACGUGGCGGGGCCGGGCCGAGGUGCAGUUUGGGGACCAGACCCUGCAUGUGUCCACCGUGCAGAUGUGGCUGCUGCUCUGUCUCAACGACCUGAAGGCGGUCUCCGUGGAGAACCUGCGGGCCCUCUCGGGGCUCCCUGCAGACACCCUGAAUCAGGAAGUUGGGCUUCUCACCUCCUCACGAGGCCCCCUGGACCUUCACGAGCAAAAGGACGUCCCAGGAGGUGUGCUCAAGAUUCGAGAUGACAGCGAGGAGCCCAGGCCAAGGAGGGGCAACGUGUGGCUCAUCCCCCCUCAGACGUACCUGGAAGCUGAGGAUGAAGAGGGCCGGAACCUGGAGAAGAGACGGAACCUUCUGAACUGCCUCAUCGUCCGAAUCCUCAAGGCCCACGGGGACGAGGGGCUGCACAUUGGCCAGCUUGUCUAUCUGGUGCUGGAAGCGUGGCAGAAGGGCCCCUGUCCUCCCAGGGCUUUGGUCAGCGGCCUGGGUAGGGGGUCUGCCUGCAGCAGCACUGAUGUCCUCUCCUGCAUCCUGCACCUCCUGGGCAAGGGCACGGUGAGACGCCGUGAUGACCGGCCCCAGAUGCUGUCCUACGCAGUCCCCGUGACGCUGAUGGAGCCUCACACCGAGUCCCUGAACCCGGGCUCCUCAGGCCCCAACCCACCCCUCACCUUCCACACCCUGCAGAUUCGAUCUCGAGGUGUGCCCUAUGCCUCCUGCACCGUCACCCAGAGCUUCUCCACCUUCCGGUAGCCCUGCAGAUGGGACCGGGGCUAGGCAGGGCCCGGCUUCCUACAGAAAUAAAAUGCAGGAGUUGGA